AUGACGUCAUUUUUCUCGUCCCGCCCUGCCAAGCGGGGGCUGUUUCGUAUGCACGCACAGCGCGCGCGUUAUAUGCGGUGCAAAGGCACCCCGGCUGCGCAUCUGUCAGGAUCCCCACGCCGGGGCGAGCAUCUUUCUAGUGCCACAUUAAAGCCGAGAGAAAGACAACUCCCAGAAAAGCUCCCAGAAAAAUGGUCGCCCCGGCGUGCCGGGCCCCUUCUAGUCUUAUUCCUUCAAAUCUCGUCCGCUCCCGGCGUCGCCGGUGAUCGCCCUCUACAGCAGACGCCCAACGUUCCCAUCGCCGAUCACGCCACACACACGCAUCGCCGACCGCGCCUCGCCCACACAUCGCUGAUCACGUACGCCUCGCGCACCCCCGCGACUCCCCGUUCACCAUGCUCCCUCUUCGUCUUUGCGCACCGUAAUAAGGCGUCUAGCUUUACAGCAUCCUGGAGCACAAAGGCACAUAAUAGGGGUGCAUUUGCAAGGAGCGGUGGGCAUCUGAGGGCAUACAAAGUUGGAUCCCAGGCCAGCCACUGCAAGCGCAUGGGGCCUCAGGGCGCUGUGCAGACCUUUAUCAGUGGGCAGACAAGCUGGGUCGGUCAGGAACAGCGCCGAUCGCCUUUUAACGUUGCACCUGGGGAUAUGUGCAUUAUCAGACUUGGUUCCUGCACCGGAUUGAGCCUUGUUUCGUGCCUGUGGACCAGUGCGCAUAUUGCCGGCCUGCGGACUUGUCAGCCAGGUCCAUACAAAUGGCAUGAAAGUAUAGGCGCACUCGAUGGCGCACACACGCGGCGCACCUUAUGCCGCGACUACUGGGGGCUGCUGGGCCUGUUGAAGAGGAGGUCCAUGGCCCGUGGUGGUCCGAGGAGGUUGACUGGGGAGCGUCGACUGCUGAUUGCAGGUGCUGCCCAUCGACUGGCUGGUACCGGCCGGGAGGUGGAAUGGUCCGGAAGCGUCGGGGGCAUAGACCCAUGCAGGACGGCCAUUGGCUACUCUGGCUCAGCCAUCGACUUCACCAUCCAAUCAUGCCAGGUGUGGUCCCUGAGACGACGGGCGCGAUGGUCAUGGAAAGCCACAUCAGCCGCGCAGGGGUCCACCGCGGGCACCAUGUUCGUGGCCGCGAUGGCCGCGACAACGGGAGAGACCACGGUGGUCGAUGAGGGCCAGCGCGUCGAUGUCUGGCGUCCAGGCGUUUGGUGCCACGUCACACUAGCGGCAUCGUUUUGGUCCGCGGCCCAGUUCUCCGGCCUCCACCCAGCCACUUCAUCAGCCAUACCGCGUCUUUCUUCGCCCCCGCCGCGCUUCCUGGACUUGUCUGGGUUGCGUACAGUGUCGACCACAACGACAACGAUCUAUACGAGGCCCGACGUCCCUAUGCAACUCAAUCCCACCGUCGAGAGUCCCAUAGCUACCGCCCCCCCUCCAGAGCCCAUGGCAAGGGCUUCCGGCGCAGGGGCCCCUUCCCAGGUGCAUGAUAUACUCCGGAAAACGCACAUCUUCACGAAUCCCAAGGUCCUCGACGCAGCCAGUGCAACUUUGGCAUUCAGGUGGGGUGAUACAAAUAACCGGUCACGCGCCUUGGGCCACCCAUCUGCCUGGCGUCGACGGCACCGCGAACAAGACCAACACGCCCCUCCGCCCGAGGUCACCACGUCUUUGACUGCGGCGGUCCACCUGCCUCUCUUUCCUCUAUCUCGGGAAUCUGUCCGGGUCGGGCUCGAAAUUUGCGUCGAUGAGCUCAUUAACGCCAUCUUGAGCGAGAACGAUGAAGAGCACAAGCCGGAGGACGCGCGGACCCGUGGGCCAGUGGGCAGUGGUGACAGCACGACCACCAGGGUCCUCCCCAUCAUCUUCCACGGGUACGUCGUUGGCGGGGUUACGCUCGUCGGCGCGAGCGCGCACAUUGCCCUGUCCAAAGCUCAAGGCCUCAAGGCAUCACUCUUCCCCCCUCCCUCUCCAAGCGCCAUGGCCCUGGAAAUCUCCAUAGGUGGGCCUGAGGAUCUGAUCAGUCAACGAGAGCACCCUCCUCACAGCAAGCGUCACCCAGAUGCGCUAAGCUCUGAUCCCACCCGGUAUCGAUGGCGCAACCCGCGCAUAUGGCCACACCACCAGCGUGCUGCUGAGCCAUCAUCGCAGGCACGCGAUCGGGCAGGGCAUACAAACUCAGCGCCCGGCAUGCUCCUGAGGCGUCCUUCUCCACACCUCCAUACCCCCACACCUGUGUGCCACGGCCAGUGGCGCAGCUCCACGAGCUGCACGCCCGCAGCACCAGGGGAUGCUGGGCAUGCAUGGAAGUCGCAAACGACGAGACAUGCCCCACAACGAUUUCGUCAAGAUCACCGCCGGUGUGGACGCGCGGUCGUCAGCCUGCGCAUCGACACCGCACCCCUCCACAAGGCCCUACCGGACGCCAGCAAGGCUGGGAGCACGAGCUACAAGAAUUUUUCUCACCAAGUCCGAGGCGAGCAGAUGUUUCCUCUCCCUCCCUGCCUCUCUGGCUCCGCCGAUCUUGCCGUGUUGCUGCGGCGCUCUAGACUGAUGCGCUUGUCACGCCAGCGGUUGAGCUCGGACACCUCGUGCCGGCUGACGCAUGCACUGUGGCCCACCCACGUCGCAUCUACCCCCACGGCCACGAAAAAAUGGCCGGACAUCGACGCGCCCGUAGCAAGCGCCAACACUCGGCUCGACGCCGGCUUCAAGACACGCACGGACGCAGGGACCGGGACGACUGCCAUCGGCGCCCCCGAGGAGGAGGAGGAGGAGGAGGAGGCGGGUGAUUAA